AUGGAUAAGAUUCCCAACGAAGUCCUGGAGCAGAUCAUUGAUGAUCUCGCACCAUUCGAGGACCCCGGUACUCUUACUGAUCUGAAGGCGGUCCGACUAGCUAACAAACGCCUUUGCCACACGGCAACACCGCACCUCUUCAGAGCCGUGCCGUUAUGGAUGAGUAUAAGGAAUAUAACGAAACUAAAGCAGAUCUCGGAACAUCCGCAAAUCCGACAUUUUGUAAAAGAAAUUAGAUUCUCACCGAUAAGUUUUGGAUCAGCUGAAAAAGGAUAUGGGUAUCGCCACACGAUUGAAUAUGACCUCAAGCUGUAUCAAUCACCAGUACUCAAGCAGUAUUCAUCAAAAGCAGUCCUCGACUUGACAAUGCAGACGCACCUAUCGGGCUACAAUAGUUACGUACAAGAUACCACUUUCCUGAAGAAUGAAAGCAUAGGAUUGCGAAUCCUCACUGAAGCGCUUGCCGCCUUAUCUGGCUUGGAUGAGAUACAUAUUGAUAUAUUCAAUGACAUUAUUGGUGCAAAGGAGCUUCACGAAAGACUUGGAUUUCUCAAUGGCCACGAAUUAAUAUGGGACGGACUUCACAGCACUUAUAUGUUGAUCGAAGCGUUGGCUGGUGCUUGCAAAUCACCUAGUGUCGUCAAGAUUAUUGUGCGAGAUCGACAGAGGAUAUCCGAACAACCCUCUUUGCACGAUAUCUCAAAACGUCUCCCCGUAGUAGGGGUGGUGUGGGACGUCAUACCCCAGAAUGCUUUAGUUGAUGCAAUUAUCAAGACCGGGGCGGAUGUCUCAUUGCUUUUUAAAAACGUAAAAGCUUUUGAUGGCUUUCUUCUUCUGGGAGGAUCCCAAAGCAUUGCUGAUCAAAACGCCUACGCAGAUUGUUUGAAGGAUGUUCUUGAUCACGCUCCUCGCAUUGAAGAGCUUCGCUUAAACAUCAGAAGCAAUGUUAGGACCGCAUAUCCGGACGACUUCGCACGAACUUGGGGCUACGUGCCCUACACAUGCUUUUUCCCCAAAUUGCGCAAGCUGGAGAUAUGUUCUUUUCAAGCGACAGUGGUUGAAGUGACAUCUUUCUUCAAGUCUCAUGCGACGACUUUGGAAAAUGUUCUCAUAUUCAACGAGAUCUGGCGUUACCCAAGAGACUGGCAUAGUGUUGUAGCUGAUUUGAGAAAGUAUGACUUCAAGCGCUUGAUUAGCUUCAUCAUUGGAGACCCCGAACGACGAGACCCUUACCCGUUUAAAUCUACCAACGUUACAAGCUACGUCAAGGGACUUACCGAAGACGAUGGCCUUGAUCUGAGCUAG